AUAAUAUUUGAUAAAAAGUGUAUACUAUGUUUAAUCUUACAUUAAUAAUCUUAAUGGGUAGUUAAAUCUUGACCUUAGAUUAGAAAAUUUAUAUAAAAAAACUUUUUUAUUAUUUAAUAAAAUUAUUAUUUAUCAAAGUGAGUUUAUUUUUGUGGACAAGUAUCGAUUUAUAUGAUAAUAUUGUAAAAGACUCGCUGUUUUUUAUUUUUUUAUAUGGAUUGUCUAGUUUGUGAAACACAUGUGAUUAAAAAAUUAGAUAUUAUUUUUAAUUGUCGUCGUGGCUGUUUUGUUGUCGUUGACCUUUAUACAUCUGCCGGCAAGCGCCACUGUUUUAACAAUCAUACAAAUUUUUUUUUCUUAAUAUCACCAACGUGUGGUGGGAUGUCUCAUGAAUUAAAUAAAAUUUUAUAAUCAAAUUAAGAAUGAAAUUGUGAUAUUAAAAAAUGAAUAAAUGAUUCUAUACUUUCUCAAAAAAAUAUAGCCAACAAAAUGAAUAAUCAAAAUUAUUGGAAUAAAAAAUCAAAUGAUUUGUUAUCAUUGUCAUCGUCAUCCACAUCAUCAUCAUCGAAACAAGAAUCAAAUAUUGGAAAAAGAAAAAAUUAUAAAAGAGCAUUGAUAAAACCACAUGAAACUGAAGAAGAUGCAGCAAUUCGUCGUCAACAUGAUGCUCAAAGAAUGGCUAGAUUUCGUGCUAAAAAAAAAAAAGCACUUGAAGAAUCAAAAGCACGUGAUGCAGCAAAACUCAUGGAAAUUGCAAUGAUAAAUGAAUUAAAAAGAAGAAAUGUUGAUUUUCAUAUUAAAAAAAAAAUUAUAAAUAAUAAUGAAAUAUAUAAAAAUGAUAACAUUAAUUUUAAAAAUGACAACAUUAAUUUUAUUGAUGAUAUUCAUAAUAUCAAUGAAGAAAUUAAUCAUGUUAUGACAAUGCCAAAUGUCAUGGGGCCAAAUAAAUAUUUACAAUUGCUUGAUGCCAUUGGUGAACUGGGUAAAAAUAUACGAUUAACAUAUGCUGGUAGCAAGACAUCAAUUGAAAGAUUAAAAAGUGGUAUUACUCAGGCUAAAAUCCUAGUCAAAGAUUGUCUAAUAGAAACCGAACAUCAUUUAGGACAAUAAUUAAAAAAAAAAUUUCAAAUACUCCAAAUAUUAAUUGUUAAUAAAAAAAAAAAAAAAAAAAAUUUAUCAUCAUAUCGAAAAAAUAAUAAUUGUAAAAAAAUAUAUAUAAAAACUACUCCAAAAUUUAUAUUUCAAGUUAAUAAAUAAUUUGUAUAAUUAAUAAAUUUUAAUGUCAAUUAUUUUUAAAUUAAAUUAUCAACUGUAUAUUUUAUCAAAUAAAAAUACUAUUAUUGUUAUUGAUCAAUAAUAAAUUUUCAAGUUGUAUUGCAAUUCCAUCGUCCAGAAAAACAAAAACAAAAAUGAUGAAACUUUUUUUGUCUAUUCAAGAAAUCCUGGCAAAAUUCCAAUUGGAUAUGUCUGGAAUCGAACGACAAGUUAGAUGGACAAUAUUUUAUUCCUCCCCUGGGUUGGCCCCUGUCCAUUGCAUAAGGGAGAGUCUGAGAGAGAGAGAGAGUCUCUUGAAUAUCCACAAACAAACACAUACACAUAUACACAAUUGUUCAAUAUAAAUGUUGUAUAUUGAGCAUCAACGAAUGAGGUAUAAAUACAAAGAGAAUAAGAAAAUAUAUACAACAAUAAUGCACUAAUACAAAGUCACCUGUUCUCCUUGGAAGUUGCUUCGUGGCCUUCUCCGAGUUUUGUCUCGGUCGUCUACGUAUAUUUCAAUCAGGGGGUUGAGAAAAUAGAGGGAGGAAGGGGUUAUGGUCAAUAAACGCGACCACGUCACACACUAAAAGCCUAGCCUAUCGGCUCGACCCCACAAUCUUUCUUCCUCCCUCCCUCCCCCCCAAACCCCCUUAUUUCUUCUUCAUCAUCACCCCCCUCAUCAACAACUAGUCUCUUUCUUUCUCUCUCUAAUGCUGUCUUUCUCUCUCCCCCCCUUUUAUUUGCCCCCAUAUAUACACCAAAGAGUCGUCUUACAUGCACGCGCACCCGAUAUCGUUAUUUCCACCGACCCAAUAAAUUUUUUGCUCGUCCAGCAUCAUCAUCAAAGACAAGUACACACUCUCUAUUUAUCAUUAAUAAUCAUUAAACAACAACCGGUGUUUUGUUUAAUUUUUUUUUAUACAAUUUAUUAUUUUUAUUAUAUUUACCUUGAUUUAUUUAUUAUAAACAAAGUGCACGUGAAAAUGGAAAUAUAUUACUCCAGCUUGAUGACUUAAAAAUGUAAGUUGUUGUUUUUUUUUUUAAUUAUUAUUAUUAUUUUUAUCGUGAAUUGUGAAAAUGACCAAAUUGUCUCUCCGCCAUUGUUG